AUGAAGCGUGAGUUCAACCAAGAUUAUCUGACGUCGAAGGCCCUUGUCGAAGGUGAAUCGUGGAUAGUCCAGGAUGAUCUCGAGAAACAGCGCCUGGAAGUAGUGUCUAAGAUUUGCGAGCAGUUGGUGAAGCCGCCGAAAGACGCUGACACUCGAGUUCGCAGUGGAUAUCCCAUACAAGACUCUGGUAAAGAAGAUGGUGAUUCAGGAGGCACGGUCUUGGCCCUGCGUGCGCCCCUCUACCUUCUGCCGCCCGAGUCAUGGCAGUACUCACGAGAUCGCGAGCUCAAGAAUUCCACCCAUGGGACCGCUAGAGUUUCAGGCAAACGCUGGAGACGGAUCAAGGUUCAUCAAGAGAAAGACGAGUAUCUAGCAGAGAUAAGGGCAUUCCUGAAUGACGACCUGGAUAGAUUAUCAUCCACGCGCUUGAAGAAGAUCAGUAGGGUUGCAAAUCCUUUCGUUUUGGAUGACCGAGGAUGGUUGUACAGACUUCCACACUCUAUUCGUGGAAAACCGCGAGACACCGUGGAUAAUUUGAGACUGGUAGUCCCGAGUUCACUCCGGGAAGACAUGUUGCAUCACGCACAUGAAGCUUUCCAAGGUGGCCGUCAAGGGAUCACUCGGACGCAUGGGAAGUUACGUACCGAAUUCUACUGGCCUGGCAUUUAUGCGGACGUCCAACGUUUUGUGAAAAAAUGCAUGGAUUGCGCUAGUGGAAAAGGGGUGCCCCCGAAUGCUGGACCUUCGCCAGGAAACAUUGAACCACGGUAUCCUAUCGAAGCAGUAUCUAUGGAUUUCGUGACUCAUAUGCCUGAGUCAGCUAGAGGGAAUACGUUCGUCUUGUUGUUUCAGGACAUGUUUUCAGGUUACGUGAUGUAUGUCGUUGGGGCCUAUGAAGAACAAGUGUUCCAGAGAUUCGGGGUGUCUUUCAUGAUACGACACGACCAGGAUCCGCGGUUCAUGAGUGAAGUGUUCACUAGGUUCCGAGAACGCUUAGGUAGCCGACAACGUGCUACACUCGGAUAUCGUCCACAAGCGAAUAGGCAACAGGAAAGAUCCGUACAAACAGUCAUUCGGAGUGUUCGGUCAUAUGUCGCAGAGAUAGAUCAAUCCGACUGGGAUGACGACGCUGAGCGACUGAUGUUCGCCCUGAAUGUCUCGUUCGACGAGGCCAGACUGGACACUCCUUUUUAUUUGGUUCAUGGUUGGGAUGCCCGAAGAACGGUCUCGGCAAUGUUAGGACCGAAACCUUCGAGCAUUCCUGAGCGUAGCGCCUAUGAGUGGCGAUGGAAACUACAGCGUGGAUACAACUACGCACUUGCUUGCGCUGAGGAUCUCCAGAAGAAGGCUAAGAAGAUGUGCUCGGACAAACAAACCCGUAAGUGGCUGGGACUCUCAGAGAGGGUCAAAGUCGGUUUUGAGAAGGGUAACUUCGUUUGGCAGUAUAUCUCGAAAGUUCACACUGGAUUGAGCCAGAAGUUGGCACACAUGUGGCACGGGCCAUUCAGGAUCGAUGAAAUUCGGGAUGACUUCCGUGUGAAGCUGAAAAUGAAAGAUACAGGGUAUCGUGUUAACCCUUGGGUACACAUUAGCCGACUCAAGCCAAGAGUAGUCUUCCCAAAAAUAUCAACAGUCGAGGUUGAUGUCGCAGAUGAUGAUGUUUCGAUGCGGCGCUGUUGCCUGAAGACAGUUGGGAGCCUGACAGCUCAAAUGAUGUGUUGGAAGUGGAGUCAAUUCAGGACGUACGAUGGGAGAAACACACCCGAACUGCGAGACGAUCCCGAUAAUACCUCGUCUAAUGGAAGUGGUAUGAUGACCCAGAGUGGAUUCCGGUGA